AUGAAAAAUUCCCUAACUAAAUUUUAUACUUUAAACUCAUUUUCAUAAGAUAAAACAUAUACCUUUGUUAAAUUACGAAAAGAGUAAUUAUAAGAAGAAAUCAUUAGAAUUAAUGAUGAAACAGAAUUUGAAGUAAUGAUAAUUAUGAAUUAAAAAGGAUUUUGCUGAAUUUAAGACAUUAAAUUAAAAUGAAACCAUAAUAUCAAUUAAAUACACUGUUGAUCAAUUUUAUGAUCCAUUUUAAUAAUAAGAAAUAAAAGUGGAACAUUAUGUUUAAGAAUUGAUUUAUAAUGUACGUAGAAAAUAUCCAUGGAUUACAGUAUUAGAAAAAAGAAUAUCUCAAUCUGCUGAAUUAUUGUGUUAAAUUUAACUUUACAAUUAGAAAUAAAAGAUUGUAUUAUUCAAUAAACCAUUUACAAAUACUUAACAUAUUUUAGAGUUAUUGAAACUCUAUAUAGAGAGAGGAACAAUUAAUAUUAAAUUUAUAUGUCAUAAUUAAGAUAUAAUUGCAUUAGGUGGUUAAUUAAAUAAUUUAUUUGAAGAUGCUUUUAUCACAAUCUCUUAGAAAGAUAAAUUAUAAAUAAAUGAUAAAUCUCAUAUUCCAGCUAAAUUGAUUACUAUAAAUAAGAAACUUACAUCAAAUUUUAUUAAUUUCAAAGAUUUACCUUUAAAUAAUGAUUAUGUAGUUGAUGUAUAAGGAAAACAUUUUAAAUAUGUACAUUAAGAAGUAAAUUUCAAAGAAAACAUCAUAGAAUUGGAAAGAAAUGACAUUAUAUAGGCCAAAUAUAAAUUGAUUCAUUAAGGGAAAUUGAUAGAAGCUGAUAAAUUUAUGGUCAAUGGUAUGCCUAUAAUUUUUAAUGGUGAAUAUAGGUUUUGGACUAAACCAUAAACAGAAUAUAUCGUUAAUAUUGAGAAAUUAGAUUAUUAUCCUAAAUAACAUAUUUUAAUAACAAAAGGUUUUGGAGAAUAUAAAUAAGAGAUAGAGAUGAUUAAAAUAUAGAAAACUAUUUUAAAAAUUACAAGUAAAAAUAUAAUAGAUUCAUCCAUUCUUGAUAAUGUUGAUAUUAGUAUAGAUGGUAAAAUUGUUGGAUAAACAAAUAAAAAUGGUACAAUAGUAAUUUAGAAUCUUGAAUUGAGAAGUUUUAUAAUUAAAGCAGCAAAAAAGGGUUUUCUCACAAUGCCUUUAUAAUUUGAUAUAUCUGCAAAUAAUAUUGGUUAAAGUUUAUUAAUUGAAAUGUUUCCAGAUUAUUUUAGUUUAAUGAAUUAAUUCCAUAUUUUAGUAGUCAAACCAAAAAGUGCAAAGAAUUUAUCUCUUUAAUUAGUUGAUUUAGAUGAAUAAAAUAAAAGUAAUAUCUAACAAAAGAUAGUUCCAUAUAAUAAUGGUACUAUUGUAAAUUAUGGAAUACAUAUUAGUAAUUUUGAUGUGUUUGACAAAUAGAAAAAUAUUUAUUAAUUAUUCAUUAAGGAUUCUAAAGAAGUAUUACCAAGAUGUAGAUAAACUAUAGCAAAUACAAAUAAGAAAUCUUAACAUGUAAAUUCAUCUCCAGUAAAUCAAAUGAAAACUAGAAUAAAUAAUUAAAAUUCAGAUUUAAAAACAGAGAGAGGUUUAAAUUAAAAUAAGAAAGUAACACCUAAUCUAGAAGUUGAACAUUUACAUAUCUAUCUAUCUUUUGGUAUGGAUAUAGUAUGUUCUCAAAUCUUUGAAGUUGAAAAAUUCACCUCAAAAGUUUAUGCAACUAUAAAUUGUAAAAUUUAUUGAUUUAUUUUAUUAGUGUAAAGAAGAAUUGUUGAAUUAGAUGGUAAAGCUUAUAAUUGCAGAAAAUAAAAGUCUCAAUAAAAAACAAAUAAAAGAAGUAACACUGGAAAUAUUCUAUAAUUAUUAACAAAUCAAAUAUGA